CUUGCCUACCCUUUUACCAGCACUUGGUGCUGCGCAGACCCCCACAGACUGUGAUGCAGAGAGGCGAGCCGCAGGAUUAUUGAGUCAUUGAUUUCUUCCCCUUUCUUGAAACUUUUUUUUUUUUUUUUUACUUUUUUCAAGAAGGAUUCUCAACUCCAAUCAGCAGCCAUGCCUCUGUCCGGGACCCCAGCACCCAACAAGAGGAAAAAAUCCACAAAGGCGAUCUCCGAGAUCAUGCAGGGAGUUUUGGAUGAGGGAGACCUGAACCUGGGGAAGAAGAUCAGCACUCCAAAAGACAUCAUGCUGGAGGAGCUGUCUCUGCUCGGGAACAAGGGCUCCAAGAUGUUCAAACUACGGCAGAAAAGGGUGGAGAGGUUCAUCUGGGAGAACAACCCUGACAUCUUCAACGAUGAGUCCAUGGACAAUUUCCAGAAGUUUGUGCCGAGUCUGGGCGGGGCGAUGCAGUCUGGCCACAGCAUGAUGGAUGUGGGGGGUCACCUGGUCAGCGGUCAGAUGGUGGGCCAGGCGGGCACAGGGAGGCAGCAGCAGGCGCCGGUCCCUCCUCCCAAACCAGGCAUGGGCGGGGCUGGGGGAGGAGCUGGAGGGGCUGGGGGAGGAGCUGGAGGGGCUAGAGGAGGAGCUGGAGGGGAUGUCACCAUGCAGACCAGCCAGGGACAUGGUGAGGGCGAAGGUCAUCAGAGUGGUGGGAAGGACGGGUCGAAGCAGAGCGUUACCAUGGUGAGGACUUACAUAUCUCCAUGGGAACGGGCAAUGCGAGGGAACGCGGAGCUGACGGCCACCAUGAGAUCCAGCAUGCCAGGGCCCUGCAGCCACAAGGACCUGCUGAAGUACAAGAGCUUCAACAGGACUGCCAUGCCCUUCGGGGGGUACGAGAAAGCCUCCAAGCUGAUGACCUUCCAGCUGCCGGAGUACGAAGCUGCGCCGGAGGAGCCAGAGCACCCCGUUAUCUACCAGCAUGACAUCAACUCACGACCCUGCUUCAACCGCACUCCCAUCGGCUGGGUGGGAAGCGGGGAGCCCUGCCAGCUGUCUGUGGAUCUGGAGAACGUGCCUUUCGAAGGGGAGACUGACGACCUGUGAACUGCUCCACACUGACACACACACACAUGAACACGCUCACACAAUGACACAACUAGACACACAUAAAUACAAACCCACUGAUGCACACUCAAUCCCCACUGACACACAAUCACACGUGAACACAGAAACACACACGAAAAUGCACACAUGCUGACACACAAAACAUCACUGUGUCGCUUGAUGCUUCAUUUAUUAGAGCUCAGAUGAAUGUUGUAAUAUUCGUUCUAGUUAAUCAGCUAAAAGAAAUGGUUUGAAAAGUCUACUGUUGUACACCAUGGCAAGAAUGUAGUAAGGCACAGUAAAAGCCUAGUAAAGGCAUGGUAAAGUAAAGGCUUCAAUAUUCACAUAUUUUUAUGAUUAGACUUAAUAAUAGCAUCUUGUUUACAAGAAUGUCCUUUGCCCCUCAAAUCAAUAUAUAUUUCUAUAUUUCUAUAGGCUUUAUAUAGGACUUUUUCACCUAGGGGAACCAUGCAAACCAGACCCUUCUUAGGUGAACCUCUAGUGCAAUAAUUCUAAUUAUGAUAAUAAUAAUGAAUAGCACUGCUAAUGAAAAGGAUAUGAAUAUUUUUUAGAACGGUAGUUUUGUUCUCUUUGAAUGUGUGCCCUGUACUGCCUUGCCUGUCUUUGCUACAGGGAAGGUUGCAGAUUAGUCACUUCCUCUUUGCGCAGCAGAUAUUAGGGUCCCACAUGCUGAGCCUGUUCCUGUCUUUCUAUGCUGCAUGGAGAACAUUUGUUGGGGACCCUAAUACCUGCUGCACAGACAUGAAAUGACUUUAGUGUUGGGGGCAGGACAAGGCUCUUCACCUAUGAAGGGAAAAUAGCCCCUCACACAGACAAGCUCACUCAGCUCCUUCUACACUAGCACUCUCUCUCACUCUAACCACUGGACUAUAGUUAUACCAGUAAAUAUAAAAAAAAAAAAAAAAAAAAAAAAACUUCAGAUGGAAAUGCAUCUGUCUUCUUUUUCUUCUUUAUUAAAUGCAAUAAACAUAAAAAAUAA